CACCCAUCUCUUUAAUCCUCCCAACUACUACAUCAUUUCAGUAAAACAACCACAAAAAUGCCCCCCCAAACCAACAAACAAUGGAUCCUCCGCCACUUCGGCAACACCUUCGACAGCCUGGAGCGCACCACCUCCCCGAUCCCCGAAGUCGGCGAGUACGACGUCCUCGUCAAGAUCGAGGCGGUCUCGCUCAACUACCGUGACGCCAGUAUUCCCAUGAACAUGUACCCCUUCCCCAGCAAACCCGACCUAAUCCCCUGCUCCGACGGGGCGGGAACCGUCGUCCAGACCGGCAGCAAAGUCACCGCCUUUCAAGCAGGCGACCGCAUCACCUCGCUCUUCUUCGCUGCCCAUCUCUUCGGUGAUCUCACCGCGGAAGCCCAAAAGACUGGGCUCGGGGGGUUCUUAGAUGGGUGUUUGCAGCAGUACCGUGUCUUCCACGAGGGGAGUCUCGUGCAUGCGCCGAGGAAUCUGAGUCCGGUGGAGAGUGCGACCCUCCCAUGCGCAGCGUUGACGGCGUGGAAUGCCCUGUACGGGGUCAAGCCGCUCCGGCCGGGGCAGACGGUGCUCGUCCAGGGGACGGGUGGGGUUUCUGCUUUUGCGUUGCAGUUCGCUAAAGCGGCUGGUGCGACGGUCAUCGCCACCACGUCUUCGAGCGCGAAGGCGCAGCGACUCAAGGAGUUGGGCGCGGACCAUGUGAUAAACUACCGCGAGGAUGCGAACUGGGGCGAGACGGCGCGGAAGCUGACGCGCCACGGCGUCGAUCAUGUGGUUGAGGUCGGCGGCUUGAAUACCGUCCGCCAGAGUCUGAAGUGCGUCAAGCUGGAGGGGGUGAUUAGUGUCAUCGGGUAUAUUGGCGGCACUAGCGCGGCCAAGGAUGAGAAGCCCCCGCAGAUUUUGGAUACUUUGACGGGUGCGGCGAUUGUCAGGGGAAUCCAGAUCGGGAGCAAGGAGCAGAUGCUGGAUAUGAUUCAGGCGAUUGAGGCGAACGAUAUCAGGCCGGUGGUUGAUGAGCGGGUCUUUGGGUUCAAUGAUGCGCGUGAGGCGUAUCAGUAUCUGUGGGAUCAGAAGCAUUUCGGCAAGGUGGUUAUCAAGGUUGAUUAA